AUGGUUAUUAUUUCUCCAAGGGAUGUAUUGGCCCACCAUGUUAAAAGGCUGCAUCAAAUUCUCCAAAGGAUGUCAAGAGUGUCAGGCCAAGAAGAUGUGAUUGAAUUUAUCCAGAAAUACAUCAUCUACAGAUUUGGGAUUCCAGAGACCGUUACAACGGAUCAAGGGUCAGUAUUUACUGGUCGAAAGAUGCAAGAAUUUGCUAAAGAAAUGAGUUUCAAAUUGUUAACGUUUACGCCAUAUUACGCUCAAGCUAAUGGUCAGGUUGAAGCAGCAAACAAAGUGGUAAUUGGUUUUAUCAAGAAACAUAUAGGGAAGAAACCUAGAAAUUGGCACAAAACUUUAGAUCAGAUUUUGUGGGCGUGUCAGACCUCUCCCAAGGAAGCCACUAACUCGACCCCAUUUCGACUGACCUUUGGUCAUGAUGCGGUUUUACCAGUAGAAAUUUACCUACAAUCAAAAAGUAUUCAGAGGCAUCAUGAGAUUCCAUCAGAAUCAUAUUGGAACAUGAUGUUAGAUGAGUUAUCCGAUCUAGAUGAAGAGAGACUAAAUGCCUUGGAAUUACUGAAAAGGCAGAAGAAGGGGGUAUAA